AUGAACCAGUCACACUUGAUAGCGACUAUUCUUUUUGGUAUUGUUUUGCGAACAAAUGCAUUCAGUUAUAAAGAUGCUAAAAACUGGGGCAAGAAAUAUCCCAAGUGUAAUGGACCUUAUCAAUCUCCAAUCAGUUUUGAGCCAACAGGCCAGAAUGGCUUUCCAAGUAUUUCUAAAGAACUGAUACUCACGGGCUUUAAUAAAACACCAAAGAAAAUGACCAUGAAGAAUACUGGUCACACUGUGGAAAUAAAGGCCGAUUGGAAUGGAAAAUCUCCAAGCUGUACUGGCGGACCACUUCGCAGGAAAUACAUAUUUGAAAAAGCCACUUUUCAUUGGGCCAAAAAACCGGUUAUGUAUCCGAAUCCCAUACAUUGGCUUGACGAAAUGUCAAAAACCUUAAACAAGGUUCGAUCUCCAAAUUCAACAGCAGAGAUAAAACCGUUUUCCUUAUUAAAUUCUUUCAAUAACCACCAUUUUCCAUUGGUAUUUUACGAAGGUUCUUUGGAUUAUCCACCUUGCUCGGAAUCUGUAACCUGGUUUAUACUUGAAGGUGGUAUGCCUGUCAUUGACAGCGUGGUUCGAUCUCCGAAUUCAACAGCCGAGAUAAAACUGUUUCCCCUAUUAAAUUGUUUUGAUAACGGCUAUACACCAUUUCUAUUUUACGAAGGUUCUUUGGAUUAUCCUCCUUGCUCGGAAUCUGUAACUUGGUUCAUAGUUGAAGCUGGUAUUCCUGUCAUUGACAGCGUGGUCAAGGAAUUCAAGAAAGUGAAGUUGGCUGAGGGAGACGUGUCGAAUGUUAGACCUACCCAGCCGCUAAACAAACGUCAAGUUAAGUACGUUUAUAACCAUAAUAAGCACUUGUAA